AAUAACUGGAUUUUAAGAAGAGAGGAAAUCAUUCCAAAAACAAUAAAAGAAAUACAUAGUGAAGCUCUGCUUGAAGGAGGUGAUAAUGUUCAACGUAACAGAAUUUCCCAUAGCAAACAAAAUAAUUCAGACCAAGUCGAAACAGGAAGCAAGCACCUUAUAGAAAACUUCUUAGAAAACAAAGAUCUUGAACCAAUCUGUCAGUAUGUGAGCUCACUGCUUCCUAACAGAGUGGUUGAUUUCAUAAAUUCCUCUAUUUGCUUAGUUCUGGAAGGAAAUCCUCAGAAUAGAGAUUCAGUUGGCGAAUUGCUAUUUCAAUUAGUGAAAAAAAAAUUUGUUAAAAUUGAUCAGUACAAAGAUGGGUUUUCAGGUGUUGUAGAAAAAUGCAAAAAUCUUGCCGUAGACACUCCUUUAAUAUGGAAUAAUGUGGGUGAAAUUGUCUAUCCACUAGUAAAAAAUGAUCAGAAAAACCUUCAUAUUUUAAAAAUUUUGCUAGAACCACACAUAUCCUCUGACACUCUUGAGAAAAUGGUAUCUGGGAUCUUCCAUUGCAUUGUUGCCAGAGAGGGAAGUCAUAAAGCUAAACUUUUAUGGGAUGAACUUAAACAAGAAUUGGAUGAAGUUAUCAGUAAUCGUUUGAAUAUAGAUGACAUUUUAAUAUAGAUGUGAUAAUGUGCAACCAUACAAGCCAGAUCUUUUUUUUUUUUUUUUUUUUUUAAUUAUUUCAGAAAUGGUGUAAAUAUAUUAAUUUUUUUUACAAAGCUGAUUCAGAAAGUAAACACUAUUUGGGUAUUAAAAAAGAUUGGCUAUUUGUUUUCUGUUGUAUUUUAUAACAUAAAAUCUGCACACUUUAAGCGAAUUUUAGACACGCUCACCUUGCAAAUUAAAGGAUGUUUCAUAUCUUAGCACGAAUUUCAACAUAUCCACUUUGUGGAGUUUGGCCACCUGCAAAAUGAUACCAGUUCUGCAUGUUUACCUUGAUCUUUUUGUAACUUGCAAAGUGUUGGCUAAUAAAGAAAGUUUCUUGAAAUUAGGAAACAGAUGGAAUAAGAAGACAAAUGAGCUUAGUAGGCCUUGGCCCUUCAUGGGCUGUUGUGUAACUGAGGUUAGUUUUAUUCAAACAAAAUAGCUAUGCUAAUUUAUUUUGUAGUUAAAAGGUGCAAUGGUGGAACACCUCUGCACAAAAGGUACUUGCUUUCUGGAUCAGUUUGGUAUAUCAAGGUAUUUAGGGAUAUUUAAAGUUUAUAAAGCUAACUUUAAUCAAUUUGUGAAAAAAAUUUCUAUAUUGAAUUCUCAAUAUAAAGAGAGGAUAUUUAUAUUCUUACUAAAAUUACUAUUAGUUUAUAUUUUGCUCUUAAUGUGCAUUUGUAACAAAAAUAAUAGCUCAAUUAUGUUACGCUGGAAAAAAUGGCUUUUAUUAUACAUUAUUGAAAAUGAAAAUAUUUUUACUGAUUAUUUUUUUCACCUACCUACGAGUGUCUGAUACUGAGUGUGCAAAAUGACUUAAGUUCUUAUGUUUUUUUAUAAUUAAAUAAGUAAUAUGUAAAAAACUGAAUAAAAUACUUAAAUAUUA